AUGAUCCAUCGGAUUAAAACGCAAACGGGAUCUUGGGUGGAGGAGGAUGGGGAUAUUGCCACUAAGGCCAUUCGAUUCUUCUCUGGCUUGUACUCGGAGGCUGUGGUACCCAGCGAUGAGUUGCUUCCGCUCAUCCCUCCUGUCCUUACGAGGGAGGAGAACCUAACCCUAGAGCAUAUUCCUUCAAUGGAUGAGGUGAAACGUGUGGUGCAUGCCAUGGAUGGGAAUAGUGCUGUGGGUCCGGAUGAUUUUACGAGUAACUUUUUUACCUUUGCAUGGGAUAUUAUAGCCCAAGAUGUGUAUAACGCUAUGUCAGGGUUUGUUAGGGGCAGGAAUAUUACGGAGAAUUAUUUGUUGGCUCAAGAAAUUGUCGCGGGCAUUGAAAAGAAAGCGAGAGGGGGUAACGUUGUGCUGAAACUUGAUAUGGCCAAGGCUUAUGAUCGGGUGUCCUGGUUUUAUCUUAUUAGGGUAUUACGGAAGUUUGGGUUUGGAGAACGUUUCAUUGAUAUGGUCUGGAGGUUGGUGUCUAACGUCUGGUUUUCAGUUAUGAUCAAUGGGGCAGCUUACGGCUUCUUCAAAUCUAAUAGGGAUCUCCGUCAGGGGGACCCACUCUCUCCUGCCUUAUUCGUUAUAGCCGCGAAGGUCCUAUCACAGGGGCUGAAUAACCUUGCAACCCAUCCAUCAUAUCACGGGUUUAGGGUAUCCCAGGGUUGCCCUGGGGUAACCUAUCUAGCCUUUGCGGACGACAUGCUAAUCCUAGUUAAUGGGUCCUCAGCUUUUCUGCGCCAGGUUAUGAGGGUGCUUAAUAUGUAUCAACACUCCUUUGGUCAGAUGCUCAACGCUCAAAAGAGCGGCUAUCUGGUUCAUUCUUCCUUAUCCAGUGCCAGACGUAAGGUUAUUAAACGUAUCACGGGGUUCUCGCGCCAGACGUUUCCCACCGGAUAUUUAGGUUUUCCCCUAUAUGUCAGCAGGUGUAAGACGACCUACUUUGCAGAGGUGUGUCAGAAGGUCCUGGAAAAAAUAUUGUCUUGGAAGACUAAGUUUUUAUCAUCGGGGGGAAGGCUCAUCUUGAUCAAGCAUGUUCUUUUCGCUAUUCCGCUUCAUUUGCUAUCUGCUGCAGUUAUGCCCAAGGCUGUGUUCCGGGUCAUCGAGCGAGCUUGUGCCAACUUUUUGUGGGGAUCUUCGGAGGAGGAUUUGAGGUAUCAUUGGAUUGGAUGGGCUAAACUAUGUCUCCCGCCUGAGGAAGGAGGACGGGGUUUCGCCGGAUUAAGGACGUAUAUACGGCUUUCUCUUACAAGCUUUGGUCGCCAGGUUGAGCUUUCCAUGUUAUGGUUAGUACAAAACGGAUCCUGUCAUUUUCGGUAUGAUAAUUGGCUGGGAAGUGGAGCACUGUUUCUGAAAACCACAGUAGCCUCGCAUUUAUCUUUCCGGGACUUUAUCACUCAGGGCCACUGGAAUGCUCAGCUGCUGGCUCAGGUUCUAUCCCGGGAUGUCAUGUUUUCGGUGUUGGGGAAACCGGUCCCGUCUGAACAGAUUACGGAUAAGGUGGUAUGGAUGCCAGAGAGGUCUGAAAAGUUCUCAUUAGCCUCGGCCUAUCAUGAGGUGUGGCAUCUAGUUGCAAUGGGGGCGCUCACCUUGAACACGGAUGGCUGUUCCAAAGGUAAUCCGGGGAUAGGUGGUAGUGGAGGAGUGUUACGGGAUCCGGCGGGGCGGCCCUUGGUUGGUUUCUCGGCCUUCUUUGGAGAGACGUCUAGCCUUCAGGCCGAGGCACUGGCUCUCCUGACAGGGCUUCGGGUAUGUGCUCAACAGGGGUUUACGGAUGUUCGCGUUCAACUGGAUUUUAUGUUUUGGUGGGGAUUCUUACACGACAGCUUCACUGUCCUUGGCACAUCCACUGGGAGAGAGACCAACAAGGUGGCAGAUAUUUUGGCUAAUGUUGGGGUAGCACACCCCCACCAUGUUGUUAAGAUCUAUGAAUAUUGGAGUGAAUCGUCGAGGAUGGCCUGUGGAGGUAUUGGCCUAGAUAGCAUGGGGCUCCCUUCUGUUAGGAGAGUGCGGAACCCCUAG